GCAAAAAAAGCCCUUAUAAAAGUCGGAAGUAAACAAAGACGCUUAGCAUUAGUUGGUAUCGACGCGGCCGGUUGGCAUCUUUUGCUGAAUGUUCUUGCGGCGACCCACUCGUCCGGACCAGCGGCUGACUGCGAGGGGAAAGCGUCUGUCACGCGAAUGAAGAAACUCCUAAUCUUUCACUUCACUUACAGAGGACUACGUACGAAAGGAAAAAAGAGUAAACGCAGAAAAUGGAGUAUCAAUUGCGAAAGGCCGAACCAAAGGACGUGCCUGAUAUAUUACGACUGGUGAAGGAACUUGCCAAGUAUGAAGACAUGGAGCACCAGGUGACCCUGACUGAACAAGAGCUCCUGGAGGAUGGCUUCGGUGAAACGCCGUUCUACCACUGCAUCAUCGCUGAAAUCCCAGGAGUGGGCGACAGCCAAGAUUCCAAGGUGGUGGGCUUCGCCAUGUACUACUUCACGUACGACCCCUGGGUAGGCAAGCAGCUCUACAUGGAGGAGUUCUACGUGAUGGACGACUUUCGAGGCCUCGGCAUCGGCUCGGAGAUCCUUCGGCGCCUCAGCGACGUGAGUAGUCACCCGCCCGGUAAAACUCUGCUUUUCUGGGCAAAAGCUGAAAGUCGUGCGAUUUCGCAGCUGGCGGUGAAGACGCGUUGCACGGGGAUGAUGUUCGUGGUGGCCGAGAACAACGAGGUGUCCAUCCAGUACUACAAGCGACGCGGUGCCGAAGACCUGUCGCAGGAGGAGGGCUGGAGGCUCUACCGCUUUGACAAAAGCAGCCUGGUCAAGAUGGCCACACCCACCGAGGAGUGACACCGAUGGAGAUGUUUUCACUCGCUUCAAAUCCUUUCUUGCCAAGUCUGCUCGUGAUUAUCGUUGCUAAAGUAAUAAAAAUACUAACAAAAUUGUCAUUACUAUGGGUACUUUAGCUUGGUGAUCUCAAAGUCAAAUUAUAGGGGCGGGGUUGCCCCAAAAAAGGGAAUGAUGUUGGUAAUGAAGAGUGUAUCAUAGCAUAUUGUGUGCUCCAAUAUUACUUUGAACAACCACUAUGGGUAUCUGUUGACCGCUUUAUCAGAAACUGCUUAUCAAUCACUGUUUGUACCAGCUAUGACAGUCUCUCAAGGUUUCAUCUUAAGAUGUUUUCCUGAUGAAAAAUCCCCUGCUCUGGCCAGAGUUACAGGAACGCCCUUUCAACAGUAUAAAAGACUUGCCUCAUAUUGUUUUUGUCUGCAUCACAUUUGUGCCCAGAAUAUUCUGUAUUAAAGCCUUCGGAGGAAAACCGCUCA